CCGUGAAACGCCGUUGCCGUGUCUGUGAGUGUGUGUGUGUUUAAAGUGUGUGUGUGCCGCGCAUCUUUUGGAAGCAGCUCCACGCGCAGCACUGAGCUGACAGGAUUUAAUGAGACGCGCGUGAUGAGCUCAGCUCAGCUGAUCUCUGGACUAACUGUCUCCAGGAAACACUUGUCCUCCCUCCGCUGCAGACACCGCCGCUCCGUCCUCCUCUGCCCGGCCAGCAGAGCCCGUCGGUGGGAACCUGCUAACACAGCUGCCGCUCAGUCCGUGUAGAGGGAUGGCGCUGUCCUUUCUUUUCUUCUUCUCUGCUGUGCUGCCCUCGUUCAGAGCAUCUGCCUACAACACAUCUGCCGGUUGUGCCAUCAUUCGUCCUCCCAGAGAUGGAGGGAUACGGUACAGAGGUCUGACACAAGAGCAGAUCCGCAGUGUGCAGGUGCUCCCCGUAGACUAUGAGAUCGAGUACAUCUGCAGGGGCAGCAGGGUGAUCGUGGGACCAAAGGUCAGGAAGUGUUUGCCCAACGGCACCUGGACCGACCUGAGCCAGCGCAGCAGAUGCUUGUUGAUGUGUCCCCGGGUGUGGACGUCACUGGAGAACGGCCGGGUGUCCUCGUGGCCCCUGGGGCCCCCGGUGGAGGGGACGUUGCUGCAUUACAGCUGUCUGCCCGGCUUCAUCCUCAUGGGCCGAAACUCUACACAGUGCAACAAGAUGGGGAAGUGGGACACGCCCAAACCUGUGUGUCACUACGAUCGGCACUACAAAGGCAAGAAGAAGCUCUACAUCGGAGCCCUGUUCCCCAUGAGUGGAGGCUGGCCCGGAGGACAAGCCUGCAUGCCCGCCGCUCAGAUGGCUCUGGACCUGGUGAAUAAGAGGACCGACAUCCUGCCGGACUACGAGCUGGAGCUGAUCCACUAUGACAGUAUGUGUGAUCCAGGUGAGGCCACCAAGCUGCUGUACGACCUCCUGUACACAGAGCCCAUUAAGAUCGUGCUGAUGCCUGGCUGCAGCUCCGUGUCCACCCUGGUGGCUGAGGCUGCUCGGAUGUGGAACCUCAUAGUGCUGUCGUACGGCUCCAGCUCUCCGGCUCUGUCCAACCGCCAGCGUUUUCCCACCUUCUUUCGCACUCAUCCGUCUGCCACGCUGCACAACCCCACUCGAGUGCAGCUCUUCCAGAAGUGGAAAUGGACCAAGAUCGCCACCAUUCAGCAGACGACAGAAGUCUUUACAUCAACUCUGGAUGAUCUGGAGGAGAGGGUGAAGGAGGCAGGGAUUGAAAUCAGCGUUCGUCAGAGCUUCCUCACCGACCCUGCUGUGGCUGUUAAAAACCUCAAGCAUCCUCAGCACCAUGUGCGCUCACCCACUCUCUCUGAAGCCUUUGACUCUGGGUGCUUCUCAGAGUCAGGGGUGUUUCCUUGUCAAGCACUAUUUCUCCUCUUGUUCUCUCCUCACCAGACCUCUCAGGAGUUUCUGGCCCAGCUGAUGUCUAAACUCGGGGGUAAGAACCCAGAGGAGACGGGCGGCUUCCAGGAGGCCCCCCUGGCGUACGAUGCUGUAUGGGCUCUAGCCCUGGCCCUCAACAAGACCGUGGGCCCCCUGAAGGCCAAGGGUCACAGACUGGAAGAUUUCAACUACAACAACCGAGACAUCACAGCUGAGAUCUACCGAGCCCUGAACACCAGCUCAUUUGAAGGAGUUUCGGGUCAUGUUGUAUUUGACGCUCAAGGCUCUCGAAUGGCCUGGACUCUUAUUGAACAGCUUCAAGGAGGCAGCUAUAAGAAGAUUGGAUACUACGACAGCACUAAAGGCAAUCUGUCCUGGUAUGGGAAUGACAAGUGGAUCGGAUCAGGACCGCCUGCAGACCAGACGGUGGUCAUCGAGGAGUUUCGCUACCUGUCCCAGAAGAUCUUUGUGUCUGUGUCCGUCUUUGCUGGGUUGGGAAUCCUGCUGGGGAUCGUCUGCCUCACCUUCAACAUCUACAACAGCAAUGUCAGGUUCCGCCUGUGGCUGCUCGGCCUGGGUUUCAGCCUCGCCUACGGCAGCAUGUUCACAAAGAUCUGGUGGGUCCACACCGUCUUCACCAAGAAGGAUGAGAAGAAGGACAGGAGGAAGCACCUGGAGCCGUGGAAACUCUACGCCACCGUCGGCGUCCUGCUCGGCAUCGACGUCCUGUCCCUCAUGAUCUGGCAGAUCGUGGAUCCUCUACAUAUCACAGUGGAGAAAUUCACCACAGAAGCCCCCAAAGGAGACCUGGAUGUUUUGAUCCAGCCUUUACUGGAGCACUGCAGCUCAGAGAAGAUGAACACCUGGCUGGGUGUGGUGUAUGGUUAUAAAGGUUUAAUGCUGCUGCUCGGCAUCUUCCUGGCCUACGAGACCAAGUCCAUCUCCACGGAGAAGAUCAAUGACCAUCGAGCUGUGGGCAUGGCCAUCUAUAACGUCGCUGUGCUGUGUAUGAUAACAGCUCCAGUCACCAUGAUCCUGUCCUCCCAGCAGGACGCCUCCUUCGCCUUCGCCUCCCUGGCCAUCGUCUUCUCUGUCUACAUCACCCUGGUGGUUCUGUUCGUCCCUAAGAUGCGGCGUCUGAUCACACGGGGCGAGUGGCAGUCAGAUGCUCAGGAGACCAUGAAGACCGGCUCGUCCACCAACAACAACGACGAGGAGAAGUCCAGACAGCUGGAGCGAGAGAACAAGGAGCUACAGAAGAUCAUCCAGGAGAAAGAAGAGCGUGUGUCUGAGCUGAGAAACCAGCUGUCUGAGCGCCAGGCCCUGCGAUCGAGAAGGAGAGCGUCCACCGUCACCAAUCAGAACCACAGCUCCCCGUCUCGUGCCAUUACCCAGAGCGACCCCAGGUCCCUGGCCCCUCCUCCGGGGUACCCCGCCCCCAUCUCCGACCUCCACCCCGUCCCCACGUCCUUCGGCAACUCGUCCAGCCUCUACCAGCAGCAAGACAGCAAGAUCAGCCGAAAUAACUGCCACACCAGCCGACUGCAGCUGCUGUACAAGUGAGGAGGCGGAGGGGCGAGGACGGUAAUGACAUUCAGUACUAAAGUCUGUCAGAGGGGCUGACUUCAAACUCAUUCCACCAAUCAGCAGAGGCCGGAGGAUUCCCAGUUUCCAAGCUGAUCAUUGUGUCAUUUUUCUUUUCUCUCAGAGGAAACAGAUGUACAUGCAUCUUGUUAAUGUUAAUCAUCUAAUCUGCCAGUUUAUCAUGUGCCAUCUAAAGUUGGCCGAGCCCCCCCCCGGCUACAGCUGCUAACUCGUCAGCCUUUCCAUUGUAACAGUGCACAGUUUACAGUCAUGGUCGACAUGUUCAUGUCUGGAACAAAAAGACCUGACCUCUAGAUCUCAGAGGACAAAAGCAGCCUCUCAUUUUUAGCAACUGUUAAUUUUGAAGAAAAAGACGAUAUAAUUAAUUAAUCCCUGAGAGG